UUGAUUCAUCUUGCCCUUCCUGUCAGCCAUAACAACAGUGAUGGCGGCGGUUGCACGGUUUUUCAUCCGAGGUGCACACUCCAAACUUUCAAUCUCCCAUGUUGGCACCGGGGCUCAGAGCUCUUUUGGGGCCACAUUGCUCAAGACUUCGCCGGACUGCAGCUCCCGUACAAAAACACAACGAAGACAUGCGGCGCACUUUACCUUCCAAGCUGACCCCGUCCCGACACAAUACGGUCCUACCCAGAAGAUGAACCUGUUCCAGUCAGUAACAAGUGCCUUGGAUAACACCCUGGCCAGUGAUCCAACAGCAGUGAUCUUUGGGGAAGACGUUGCCUUUGGUGGAGUAUUUCGAUGCACGGUCGGCCUGAGAGACAAAUAUGGCAAGGACAGAGUCUUCAACACUCCUCUGUGUGAGCAGGGGAUUGUGGGAUUUGGUAUUGGUGUAGCUGUUGCUGGUGCCACAGCCAUUGCCGAGAUCCAAUUUGCUGACUACAUCUAUCCUGCAUUUGACCAGAUAGUCAAUGAAGCAGCAAAGUACCGCUACCGUUCUGGCAACCUGUUCGACUGUGGCAACCUCACCAUUCGAGCUCCGUGGGGGUGUGUCGGCCAUGGAUCACUUUACCACUCUCAAAGCCCCGAGGCCUUCUUCGCCCACUGCCCUGGCAUCAAGGUUGUGGUACCUCGUAGUCCAGUACAGGCUAAGGGACUGCUCCUCUCCUGCAUUGCAGACCCAAACCCCUGCAUAUUCUUCGAACCCAAGAUCCUGUACCGAGCAGCAGUGGAGCAGGUUCCUGUGGAGUCCUACACCGUCCCUCUCUCGCAGGCUGAGGUCCUACAGGAAGGAAGUGAUGUCACACUGGUUGCCUGGGGGACACAGGUCCAUGUGAUGAGGGAGGUGGCCAAUAUGGCUCAAGAGAAACUGGGAGUGUCCUGCGAGCUCAUCGAUCUGCAGACCAUCCUACCCUGGGAUGUGGAAACCGUUUGUAAGUCUGUAGUGAAAACUGGACGUCUGCUCAUCAGUCAUGAGGCACCAAUAACCGGAGGCUUUGCUGCUGAAAUCAGCUCUUCAGUACAAGAGGAGUGUUUCCUUAACCUGGAGGCUCCCAUCAGUAGGGUCUGUGGUUACGACACCCCUUUCCCCCACAUCUUUGAGCCUUUCUACAUCCCGGACAAGUGGAAGUGCUUUGACGCGAUCAAGAGGAUGAUGAAGUACUGAAUUCCUUCAGGGCCAACUUCGGGUCACCGUGAACUCCAAACACUCUUCUUUUCCUCUACAUUCAUCCAAUCAGUGGGAAGCAGCCAGGAAAAGACACUUUGUUGACCAUCGUAUCAGGAAGUAGCAUCCAGAUGAGAGCCAUGUCCCUCAAAGUCUGCCCGUGAAUGGACUGUUACAGAACCUCUGGAUCAGAGAACCUCAUUCUUUUGCAAGACAAAAACAGCGUUGAUUCACUCUGUUUGGUAGAACUCUACUUAUGCAUUCACAUAACAUGAUUUAUUUUCUCUUUAAUAGGAGUGGGGUUCUGUGGGGAUUAGUAGGUUGAAUUUUGCGACUGUCUGCUUCUUUGUGCUGUUACUUUGAAUGUGUUCAGCUCUGCUCUAAUCUUUAUUUAGUUUGACACAAACUCACCCUUAUUGUAAUAAUAUAAUGGAUCUGUGGUUUUUAUUGAAAAUAAAGUAAUCAGAAUUGGUGAAAACA